AUGGGAUCUCUCGCCUCAGACUCGGGCCGUGUUGAUGCGAUCGUUAUUGGAUGUGGCUUCUCUGGCAUCUAUCAACUCCACAAACUUAAGGAGGCCGGAUUCAACGCUCGUCUAUACGAAGCGGGAUCCGGGCCUGGUGGCAUUUGGUACUGGAAUUGCUACCCUGGUGCACGAGUCGACACCCCAGUGCCGACGUACCAGUUGACAUCCGCCGAUAGCUGGACUGGAUGGAACUGGUCUCAGCGCUUCCCGGACUGGUCAGAGCUUAGGACCUAUUUCCAACACCUCAUAAAAGUCUGGGAUCUUACCGACCUUAUCACUUUCAACACUCGUGUACAGAGUAUGCAAUGGGAUGAUCAAUCUCAUGAAUGGCGACUUUCCCUGGAAAGUUCAACCACCGGCGAAGAGGGUGAGGCUGUCGCCCGCAGCGUUGUCGUUUGCACCGGUUUCGGGUCGAAACCCUAUAUUCCCGAUUUCAAGGGAAUCGAAAAGUUUAAGGGCGAGCUGUACCACACCGGCUUGUGGCCUCAGACAGGAGUCAACAUGGAGGGAAAGCGUGUUGCUAUCAUCGGUACAGGUGCAAGCGGAGUCCAGCUUAUUCAAGAGGCUGCCAAAGAGGCGAAGCAUCUCACCGUGUUCCAGCGAACGCCCAAUACGGCCUUGCCCAUGAGGAAUGAUCUGUACGACAAGACAAUGAACGAUGAGUGGAAAAAGACAUUCCAACACACCAAGGACAUGAUUCUCAAGACAUAUGCUGGGUUCGACUAUGAGUUCAACCCAGAGUCUGCUCUUAAAGUGUCCCCUGAAAUCAAGGCGGAGUUCUAUAAGAAUCUCCUCUCGAGCGGAGGUUUACAUUUCUGGCUUGGAACCUAUUCCGAUGUCCUCUUCAAUGAGGAGGCCAACAAUGAGGCCUACGAGGUCUGGAGACAGAGCGUAUUACCUCGUAUCAAGGACCCUCGGAACCAGGAGAUUUUGGCCCCUAAAGUGCCUCCGCAUCCCUUCGGUACCAAGCGAAUCAGUCUCGAAAAGGGCUACUUUGAGGUUUUCAAUCAAGACAACGUCGACCUAAUCAGCCUCGUGGACAACCCAAUCACUGAAGUUACCGAAAACAGCAUUAAGACGGCAGAUGGUACGGUGGUUGAGGUCGACAUGAUCUGCGCGGCGACAGGAUUUGACAGCGUCACAGGUGGAAUCACCGCGAUUGAUAUUCGAGGUGUUGACCCUAAGCAAACAAUCAAGGAUAAGUGGAGCACUGGGACCUAUACACUAUUCGGCAUGACUGUGUCAGGCUUCCCGAAUAUGUACAUGAUGUACGGACCUCAGGCACCGACUGCAUUUGCCACGGGGCCGUCCUCGGCUGAGUGUCAAGGAGACUGGAUCACGGCAUCUCUGGUAUACCAGCGAGACAAUAACAUCACUAAGUUCGAAGCCACUAGGGAGGCUGAACAGCAAUGGCGAGACCACACUCUCGAGAUGGGAGAGAAGGGGCUAUUCACCAAGGCAAAGAGCUGGUACUAUGGCGACAACAUACCAGGAAAGCCUCGCGAGGCGCUGAACUACAUGGCAGGGCUUCCGACCUACCGAAACAAGAUUUGGGAGUCGGCCAACAACAAUUACAAGGGCUUUGAACUGUCUACGCGUGCAUAA